ACUGUAUAUUUCCAAAUUCUUUGAGAAGUUGUGUAAUCUUCGGUCAGGAGAACAUAAGUUUGUCUGACAGCCGAAUGUGGAUAGAGCAACGAUGUAUGUUUAAUAGACAAAUAAAAGUGAAUGUAAAUGUUUGGGGAAUAUUUUAUUAUUCUAUUCAAUUGAGUAGGUCAUUGGAAUAACAAUUAUCUGAAAAACAAUUGAUUAAAUUCAUAGAAAAGUAUAGCUGUACAACAUGGGAAAACUGAUAGUGAUUCUACAAACAACUGUUGUUUUAUUAUGGAUUUUGGAAACGAAACUAGUGAGAUGUGAAUUGUGGGUUGCUAAACCUUUGACAAAAGCUUUGUGGGGGUUUUCUCCGAGUCCAGUCAACAAUACUCUAUGCAGAGAGCAAUCUUCAGUCUACAAACAGCAUUUGGCGAAUCUUACACUAUGGGCUGUUCAAAUGCUGGAUGCAAGCACCCUAGCCCCUAACGGUCUCGUAGCAGGCGACAUCCACCAGUUGGGUCACUUUGACUCAUGCAUGGCGACUCGGGGACCUGUGCAGCCCCAAUUCUGUGUACCAACCAUCAGGUUCCAACCAUUUUCGAAAAUAUUCCCCACAUUCGACGACGGUAACUACUCUAGAGGAUUUGAAGAGGAUGAUAGAACAUCGAGUUUACCAAUAUGGGAAAAGAUGAAGCCCAAUCCAGAUGCAAGUAAACAGCGGAGAGACCGUCUGCAUUGGGGCCUGUGUCUACCGGCCUCCUGCCGUCCGUUGGAGAUCCAAUCAGAGCUGAAUGAAGCCCUAAAUAGUCUCUCCGCAGAGAGCCAGAUUCAUUUCCAAGUCUCCCUGAGCGAUAUCAUGUGCUACAAUCCUCAUAAGGAGUUCUCAGACCGUUAUACGGGACCUGAAAAAUUUGCCGGAUUCUAUAUCAUGUGCUACUUACUUGCAAUCCUUGGACUGAUAUUGGUUAUAGCAACGGUUACUGAUAUACUGCUGGGAGUAGGGCGUACACACGGCGAUGAUUCGUCAACUCGGAAGAUGAACGAGACUUAUAAGAGAAGUAUCACAUACAACAGUACUUUUGCUGGCUGCCUUUCUACCUUCACCUUCAACUCCUGGCGAACCUUUUUUGCUGGCGGAGCAAAAAUCACUCACUUCUAAUGUGGUCGCUUCAGUUAUCUAUGCGAUCAUAACCUACGCGCUCCAUCUGCUGUAUGUGAAAAGGUUAGUAGAAGGUGGGCCACUAAAAAUGCACUAUUCCAGGUAAUAAAUUGAAAUCUUCAAAGAAACAUUUUAAAUAUUGUUAUAGAAUAUUCUUAACCUUCUGGCAGUCGCGCGUUGUAAAAAGUACAACAGUGUCAGUUUUUUCCUGCACAAAAUUAUUGAAUGGGGUGGUGUCAGUGAAUGAGUCACCUAUGCAUUUCAAAACU